AACCCUUAAAAGGAAGCUAGGUUCCUACGACGUCAAAAAUUCAAAGAUGAUGUGGUGGAAAAUAUCACAGGCUUUACUAGACUAUGAUAUUUAGGUAACGCCAAACAAUUGCAUGGAUAGAUGGAGAGUACUGGAGCGGAACUAUAAAAAAUAUGUAGAUAACCAAAGGCAAACAGGUAGGGAGAGAACAUUUUUUGAGUAUAAGCAUGAAAUGGAGGAGGUAUUUCUCAAGAAAAAAAAUAUCCGUCCUGAAUUGCUGCCAGCAAGUGAUCAAAUAGAUACUCAAAUAGAUAUGAACAGUGAUAAUGCUAUAACUACAGCUACACCAGAUGUGUCUUCAACAUCUAAAAGCGUAAGCCCAAAAUCAUUGCAAGCAGUGACACCACAGAAGAAAAGUCAGAUAAUUUUAAAAAGACAAGGUAUUAUGGAAAAAAUAAGAAGUGACCACAAAACGUAUUAUGAGGAAAAACUGCAAAUAGAAAACUUAAAAUUAGAAGAAAUGAAAGAAAGGAACCAACUGAUUGAGGAACGAAACAAUAUCCUCAAAUAA